AUGAAGAGCGGGUGCAGUAUUUUUGUUGGAAACAUAGACUUCGAAGUUCCUGAAGAACGCAUAAUAGAAGAGCUCGGAGCUGUAGGAAAAGUUGUUAGCUUCCGGAUGGUUUACGACAAGACAACAGGAAAGUCAAGAGGGUUUGGAUUUUGUGAGUAUGAAUCUCCAUUGAUUGUGGAGAAAGCAUUGCAAAACUUGAAGAUAUCAUUCAACGGAAGGCCUGUAAAGAUAAACUAUGCCGAAAAUGACAUGCCCGCCAAGGCCAAGGAGCCGGACAAUCAAGUUCCAGAAAUAGAUAACUUAAUCAGCGUGCUAGACAAUAUGGACAAGGACAAUCUGAAGGAGGUUCUCUUCUAUUUGAGAAAGUUGGCACUGGAUCAGCCAUCGUACUUAAGAGAGCUUUUGAAUAAAAAUUCGAGUCUUGUUUAUGCGAUCAUCCAUGCCAUACUCAAGCUUAAACUGGUAGAUCCUGGGGCUAUUGAUGAGGUUUUAAAGGAAUCCUUCGAUCUUUCCAAGCAGAAGAUGCAAAUCCUGGAAAGAAUAUGCUCCAUCUCGGAGGACGACUUGUGCUUCUUCCCAGAGGAUGUAAGAAACAAAAUUAAGAAAGCAAGGGCCAUGGUUUUGAAAUCCAGGGCAGAUAAAUAA